UGACGAUGAGGGACCUGUUGAAGAGGGGAAUAGCGGUCCAUCAUAGCGGCAUCCUGCCGAUACUGAAGGAGGUCAUUGAGAUGCUCUUCUCCCGAGGCCUCGUAAAGGUGCUUUUUGCCACCGAGACGUUUGCGAUGGGAGUUAACAUGCCUGCGAGGACCGUGGUGUUCGACAGCAUCAGGAAACACGACGGGACCGGCUUUAGAAAUCUGCUGCCAGGUGAGUAUAUUCAGAUGGCGGGCAGAGCAGGCAGGAGAGGUCUGGACGCCACCGGCACCGUCAUCAUUCUGUGCAAAGCCGGAGUUCACGAGAUGGCAGAUCUGCAUGUCAUGAUGCUGGUGAGGCCCUCCGUCUGCUCUGUGAUCGUAAAUCUCCUUCUGCAGGUCAAUAUUGCAAAAUAUGUUUAAUCGCUCA